AUGCAUAACAGCGAUACAGAGUACAAAUUCGUUGAACAACUGAAGGCGAAUGAGUUGUAUGCAGAACCGAGAGAAUUUGUACUCAGUAACGAAUUACGUCCGGGUAUUCAAGCGCUUGCAACUAGUUUGGACGAGGGAAACUUCAAAAAAUUUCAGUGCGCUCUGAAUAAGGGAGCUAACCCGAAUGGUCGGAACGAUCACACUGGAUUUACAGUUUUCGAAGAAGUUUGUAAGCGAAGCGGUAGUGCUCAAUUUAUUUCGGAAUGCCUGAAAAACGACGCCGAUGGGCAAAUGCAAAACGAUAAUGGCAUGUUUCCAAUUCACUUCGCAACAUCAUCGCGAGAUCCCAACAAUAUUCGAGCGUUAUUAAAUAAUUUGAUGAUUGACAUUGACGAGACCUAUCAAAAUCGAACCCCUCUACAUAUGUUGUUCGAGAAGAUAGAUGAUUCGAACUGGAAAAACGACUUUGAAUGCAUCAAAGUUUUGUUGGAAAAAGGAGCAGAUUUCAACAUUCCUAACGCAGAAAACCGCACACCGCUUGGUGUCUUCGUAAUCAGCUCGAAAAACUGGAAAACGAAUUCCGAGUUUUGGCGAAAGGAAAUACUGGAAUAUUGCCUCAAAAAUGCGAGAGUAGAUGUAGACAAGUCCAGAAAUGAAGAGCUUCGUAAGAAAAUAGAUGAGUACUUCCCGGAUACUGAAAUUCCCUCCUACACCAUGGAGAUAAAUAGGGACGUACUUAAAUCGCCGUUGAAGCCAGACAGGGAUGCAAAGUUCGAUGUGGAUGUCAAGCUAUAUAAGGAUAAACAUAAAAAUGAUAAACGCGCAUGGGAACAAGAAAUGAGAGAGCUAGUGAAAACUGCUGUUAAGUCUGGAACGUUAGCUUCGGUGAAAAAACUCGUGGAAGACGGUUCCGUCCCUGAUUCAGCUUUGGAACUGUCAGCACUUCUAGGCACAUGUUGUAGCUACGGAAACUGCGAUAUACUAGAGUAUUUGCUGUCAAAGCUCGGAAACACGGAAAAUGAUAUCGAACAGAUCAACAAACAACCACUUCUGUCAUUGGCCAUUAAAGAAAUGAAAAUCUCCAAAAAUAAGGGCAAUUGUCCCUUUGUACAAUGCGUCAAGUGCUUGCUGGCUGAUAAACGCAUCAAAGUCGAUACAGCAGAUAGCAAGGGAUUCAGUGCACUCCAUUUCGCAGUCAAAUAUAAAUUUGACGAGGUAGUGGAUUUACUGCUGGAACAUUCUGCAUACAUUGGCAAACAGAACAUGUUCAAGGAAAUGCCGAUUUGUGACAUCAGUCCUGAAACGUUAGAAACCUUUCUCGAUUCACGCUUAACAACCAACGAGAAACGACCGGAAGAUGAUGAUUAUGAGAUCAAAAUUGAUUUUUCUGGUCUGGUUCCGCCGAAGUCUGAACAGAAUUCUGAACCGACUAUCACCGUAAACCGCUCCGCAGAUGAAAUGUUACCAAUUGUGUACAUGUCAAAAUCAUCCGAUUUAAAACAUCUGCUGAAGCAUCCCGUUAUAUCUAGUUUUGUGCUGAUAAAGUGGCAACAGCUGAUUCGCUACUUCUACUUUAAUUUCUUAAUAUGUACUCUAUUAUUCAUAUCAUUAACAUGGUAUGUGGUAGGUUGGUCUAGACCGGACGCCGUUGAUGGUUAUCUCAAAAAGUUGUUAUUUUGGACAGCAUUAAUUUGUACUACAUACAUGUUGGUGAGAGAAAUCCUACAGAUGAUUCUAUAUAAAAUGAUGUACCUUAAGUCAAUGGCAAACUGGACGGAGAUGGCCUUAAUCCUUACGUCAGCCGCAUUCCUUCUAGGUUUUUUGAAAAACGAAGUUAUAUCUGCUGUUGUUAUUCUAUUGUCUGCUGUAGAAUUUACCGUACUGGUAGGAACGUUACCAAUCCUAUCUAUAUCCACACACAUGGUGAUGCUGAAGACGGUGUCUAAAAAUUUCAUAAAAUGUAUUGUGUUGUAUUGUGCAAUCCUGAUUUCCUUCGCCAUGUGCUUCUACACAUCAUUCAAUGUUAGUACCCUAGAAAACAAUCAAAACAAAACGAACACAAACUCUUCCGCAAAAAUUGACAACAGUUCCAAGUUCAAUCAAUUCGCUGAUAUAGGAACUUCUCUGUUGAAAACAUUGGUUAUGUUAACAGGUGAAUUUGGAGCUGCAGAUAUAACAUUUGAUUCGAACAGCUCCCGUUACCUUAUAUUUGUUUUAUUUAUAUUUUUUGUUCCCAUUGUGAUAUUCAAUCUGAUCAAUGGUUUGGCCGUUAGUGACAUUGUGGCGAUCAAAGCUGAAGCUGAAUUAAUAGGACUGUCCCAAAAAGUGGAUGUUAUCUAUCAAACGUACUUGUUCGAGAAUGCGUUGAAAACAUUGGACAUCAUAGGAUAUCUCUCGAGAAAUAUGCUGCAUAUCGUCAAAAUAACGCCCAAUACGUCUAACGAAAUACAUAGUUCAGUAUCGAGCAAUAAUGAUGAUGUAGAAGGUAGCCAUAAGAAAAAGCUCCCCUUUCGAUGCUGCAGCUUACCUUCGGUCUACCGAAUGGAUGGUAAAAUAUUGAAAUAUGCCAAGGAGAUUUUAAGUAAGCGUAACAGAAAGAGUAAAUCCAUGGAACUUAGAUUGACAGAGAUCGAACGAGGCGUUCAAGCAAUAUUGGCACAUUUGAAGUGA